CCAGCCUGUUUAGAGAAACUCCCCUUUCAGCACCCUGGACAGAGGCAGCGCCGACCGCCGAUUAUUUCAGCUGAAGUAAGGUUGCAGGGUGCAGGCUCACUUCCCCACCUCUCAUUUCAAGGGUAUCGACGCGACGUUAAAGAGCAACUUGAUGAAUAUUCAAAGUUUCCGUUCUCGGCGGCUGACGAAGGGGAAAAGGUCGAAGGAAGUUCUUUUUAACUUUUUACCGAAAUUCUUCCACAAUCGAACAAACCUCAAGUCCCUCUCCAGAGGAUAAUUCGCCAGGAAAGUGCGGGUUUGAAUCCACAUACUCAGUCGCUUGUUAGAGUUUUUGUUGAAUCGCAGACGCGUGUCUUACUACGCCCGCUUUAUUCCAUUGGAACAUCUUCAAAAUGCUGCUUGAACACCCGGGAUCAAGCUGUCAAAACACCGGGAAUUUCUCCCGGUACAAUUCUGGCCAAGAAAUUCCAGUGUGUGCAGGCUGCAAUCAACACAUUGUCGACCGCUUUAUCCUCAAAGUGCUUGAUCGCCACUGGCACAGCAAGUGCCUAAAGUGCAGUGACUGCCAGGCACAACUGGCGGACAAGUGCUUCACCAGGGGCGACAGUGUCUACUGCAAAGACGAUUUCUUCAAGAGAUUCGGGACCAAAUGCGCAGCUUGUCAGCAGGGGAUUCCGCCCACACAAGUGGUGAGGAGAGCGCAGGACUUCGUCUACCACCUGCACUGCUUUGCCUGCAUCGUAUGCAAGCGGCAGCUUGCCACAGGUGACGAAUACUAUCUGAUGGAGGACAGCAGGCUGGUCUGUAAGGCCGACUACGAGACUGCCAAACAGAGAGAGGCCGAUUCUACUGCAAAAAGGCCACGAACGACCAUCACUGCAAAACAGUUAGAGACGCUGAAGAACGCUUACAAUAACUCUCCCAAACCUGCCCGCCACGUGCGAGAGCAGCUGUCAUCAGAGACGGGCCUGGAUAUGCGGGUUGUGCAGGUAUGGUUUCAGAACAGACGAGCUAAAGAAAAAAGGCUGAAGAAAGACGCCGGGCGGCAAAGAUGGGGGCAGUACUUCCGCAAUAUGAAGAGGUCAAGGGGAAGCUCCAAAUCUGACAAGGACAGCAUCCAGGAGGAGGGCAUGGACAGUGAUGCAGAGGUGUCCUUCACAGAUGAACCACCCAUGUCAGAGCUUGGCCACACUAAUGGCAUUUACAGCAGCCUGAGUGAGUCCUCUCCAGCUAUGGGAGGCCGCCAAGCGGGCAACAACCACAACUCUUUCCCCCUUGAGCAUGGCGUCCUCCCCUCUCAGGACCAGUUCCACGACAUCCGCUCCAACAGCCCUUACAGCCUUCCUCAAUCGCCGGGGUCACUUCAGGCGCUACCCAGACACCAGCCUCUGAUCUCCAACCUAGUCUACCCUGACUCUGGCAUAUCUAUCAUGACCCAAGGCAGUGGACCUGGGAUCAACCCUGCUGUAAGGGUUUCCAUGGGUGCAGCUAACGGCCCCAGCUCAGACCUCUCCACUGGCAGCAGCGGUGGAUACCCAGAUUUUCCCGCCAGUCCUGCCUCCUGGUUAGAUGAAGUGGACCACGGGCAGUUUUGAUUGGUCAACAACAAGAAAUUUGAGCUUUUUUUCUGCAUUUUUGUGUCUUCUGUUGGAUUUUAAGAUUUGGAAAAUAGUCACACAGGACAGUGAUUGUGUAAGGAAAGGAAGAAAGGGAACGCUGUCCUUGGAUCUCACCAAUAGCUGAUUCAGUGUAUGUUGUCUGGAUGAAAGUAAGGAAGAAAAUGUCCCUCAUUUUAAGCACUUGGCCUAACAAUUAUCCUUCAGUAGUAAGACUGUAUGCAAAGUAAGGAGUUCACAAAUUCUCCAUUUUCAUACAUCUCUCUUUAAGAACAAUAUAGAGACCACAGGCACACUCAGAAAAUUUAGACAUCAACCUUUUGUUUGCUUUACCCACUCUCCCACUCCUCCCACUGCUUUUUGAUAACUACAGUGUGGUAGGUGCAGAAUUCAGUUAGACAUUCAAAGUCUUUAAAUGUCUGGUUGUUGCCAAAUGUCUAUAUAAAUAUAUAUAAUGGUUUAUCAUUGUGGAGACUUUAUUUUUAUACAAACCCCUUCUUGGACAUGAAUAAGAACCUGCAUAUGAGGACUUUGUACAUUCUUGAACAGGGAUAUAGGCAAAAAUGUAGAUGUUGUCUUAAAUGGUACCUAGGGAUCCAAUUACUUCUAUGCAUUUGUGUGUUCUCAGAUGUAUCUCGUUCGUUUCAUUCUACUGGAAAACACCCCAAGGAAGAACUGUAGUACCCGGGGUCUGAUGUAUAUGUUUGUUUCUGUGGAAAAAACAAUGUUUUAUGUCUUAUUUAUUCUGUCUGGUAAUGAUGAUGAUGAUGAUGAUUCCUAAUUAAAUGACAGGACUUUAAUAAAUUUGUCACCUAAAUCAAAAUGGAAUUCAGUCCUUUUUGGUUGCUCUACAAAAUGGUGCAUCAUACAUUAUGAGACCAAAAGAAUAAUGAGUGCUCAUAAAAGUAACUGAGUAAAGUGUAUAAAAGGUUAUUUGGAAGAUUAAAAAAAAAAAACAAAAAAAAAACUGAAGAUAAAAUUUAAUUAUAUUUUGGACACAUUUUAAGUUAUUUUAAGCACUUGAAAAAUUAUUGUCAAAGCAAAGAAAUAAGAACUAACAAAUGAAGUAUCACCUUUUAUUCAUCUUACCUGCAGCAGCAUCUAUCUUAUAUCUAGCAUAUCUAUAGUACAUAUCGCCACAGUGACUGUGAAACCAGAGCAAGCCUGCAGUUCUGCCUGUGUCUGCAAAUUGAGUAUCUGGCUAACUACCAACACUGUAUCAGGGGUUCAACAGCUCUUUAGUGGAGAAAUUUGAUGCAGUCAACCCAUCAAUUCAGAGAUUACUGGGUCUUGUUUGCCCAAAUGCCCCUAUGGGAAAGGAAUCUCCAAUCCAUUAUCCAAGAAGGGAUCAAGUGCCCCUUGUGAAUUUCCUCAUUUGUUUAGUUAUUCAAAGUCAGAUUCAAUUAAAUAGAUUAAACAGUAAAUGUGUGUGUGCAUGCAAGUGAAUGUGUGUGGGGGAGCCUGUUUACGUGUUUGCUUCUAUAAGCGCCUGUGAUAUGUGCGUAUGGAAACACCCUUGCAUGUCAGUAGGUGUUGAUACGGAUUUUAAAUCCUUAUGCUUUCUAUACCUUUUUUUUUGUUUAAAUUGUAUGCAUUUAUUUAUAUAUUGAUGUAUGUGCCUGUCAUCUAUAAGCCAUUUGCAGUGGGUUCUUAAAGCCAGUAUUUUCACUUUUUAUUUUACC